AUGCCAAGGUUCCCUCACUUUUAUUUUCACCAAUCUAUCCCGCCCAAGAAACAAGUCAAGUUUCAGGGCAGCUUUUCGGCGCCGCCCAGCCGGCAGAAAGGGUCCUCCGUUCUAGCCCAGUCGAUGCCCAACUUCUCCGCUUCUCUGCGCAAGGAGAAUAGGAAGCCGGCGAACACGCUGCCGCCGAUGAUGGAAAAAUCUCUAACACCUCCGGUGGCUUUGAAGAACGCGAUGUUGUACGCGAAAUCAGGGGGAAGUAAGUCGGAGAACUUGGCAGAAAAGAGAACCGGCGGCCUGAUGGCGAGGAAGAACUAUGCUUAUGUUGGGCAGGAAUUGAAGCAGUUCUCGUCGACGGCCGCGAAUGCGAUCAACGGCGAAAACAAGGGAGGGAAAUCCGGUAGAGGCUUUGCCAAAUCUGUUGUUGGCUACAAACAGUAUUGA